AUGUCUGACCAAUUCGACCCCAACCUCUACAUUGGCUGCAAAGCCUAUAACGGCAUUCAAACGAGUUAUGGUUAUGUUCCUUCCAAAGGUGCCGGCGUGGCAUUUUGCGUGCUCUUCGGAUUGUCAAUGGUCGCUCAUAUUGCCCAAUUCUGGUGGAAACGGACAUGGUGGUGCAGUGUCUUUGCAGUCGGGUGUUUUGUUGAACUAUUGGGAUGGGCAGGGCGUACCUGGAGCGCGGAUUGCCCUUAUAACUCUAACGCCUUCAUGAUCCAAAUAUCAACUCUGAUCAUUGCUCCUGUCUUUUUCACUGCCGGAAUCUACGUCCUCCUCGGUCGCUACAUCCAAAUCUUCGGCAAAGAAACAUCCUUCCUUACGCCCAAGCUAUACCUCUGGAUCUUUUGCACCUGCGAUGUUAUCUCCCUCGUUAUCCAAGCCGCAGGUGGUGGAAUUGCCAGCUCUGAGUCUAGCGAUCCCCACGGAAACCCAGACUCAGGUACUCACACCAUGGUCGCCGGUAUCGUCUUCCAGCUGAUCUCCAUUUCGGUGUUUGUCUACUGCACUAUCGACUUCUUCCUACGCAUCAAGCGUCUCGGGCAGCUUCAAUCAUUCACUCACGGCCCACGGGCGACAUUGACGGGCGCGAUGGUGCUUUCCGUCCUUUGCAUUUACAUUCGGAGUAUCUACCGUACUGUUGAAUUGGCCCAGGGCUGGACUGGAUAUUUGAUCACCCAUGAGUCCUACUUUAUUGGUCUUGAUGGUAUCAUGAUGAUCAUUGCUGUUGGAGUAUUCAAUGUGUGCCACCCGGGGUGGUUGUUGCCCUCGAACUCCGAGGCUUUCCUGCCUCAAUAUCGGAAAACUUCUACCAACUCGGAUGUUGAGAUGAUACGUCCGCGGGUUUAA